GUGGACUUAUUGCAUUACUUGACGAGUCAGAAGAAGAACUUAAAAUUUACGCACUUCAAAAGUUAAAUCCUCUUGUUGAUCAAUUCUGGACCGAAAUUUCUGACGCUGUCUCUAAAAUUGAAAUUCUUUAUGAGGAUGAAUAUUUUCCUCAAAGACAAUUGUCUGCUCUUGUGGCAUCUAAAGUUUAUUAUCAUCUCGGAGAAUUUGAUGAUUCUUUGUCAUUUGCAUUAGGAGCAGGAGAGUUAUUUGACGCGUCUUCUAAAUGUAUAGAUAAGUAUAUUUCUUUACGCGUGAAAAAAUAUGAAGACCAUACUAGCGAUGUCCAAAUCGAUCCACGUUUACAAGAUGUAGUUGAGCGUAUGUUUCAAAGGUGUUAUGAUGACGGUGAAUUUGAACAAGCAAUUGGAAUUGCUUUAGAAGCUUGUCGUUCUGAUAUUAUUGAACAAGCAAUAUCCCGAGGUCCUGCCCCAGAGCUCUUGGCUUAUGUAUUGGAAGUGAGCAUGACAUUAGUACUAAAUUUAGAUUUUAGGAAUGAGGUUUUACGUUUAUUAGUGAAAUUAUACCAAAAUCUUGAGAAUCCGGAUUAUGUUUCUAUCAGUCAAUGUUUUGUUCAUUUAAAUAAUCCCAUCGAAGCAGCUAAAUUGUUAAAAGAUCUUGUUACAAAAGGGGAUGAGUAUUACUUGUUAAUGGCGUAUCAAAUCGCUUUCGACCUCGAAGAUAAUGCUACGCAAGAAUUUCUCCAAAAAGUUGUAUCAGAUUUACCAGCCGCCAAUACUAGCAUUCAUGAAAAGCCAGACAUUGAAGCAAUGGAAACUGAUGAUCAGGAAUAUUCUAUAAGUCCAACAGAUGAGAAAUACGUGAAAAUCAGACGUAUACUUUCAGGGGAAGAGUCAAUCAAAUUACACCUUGAAUUUUUAUAUCGAAAUAAUCAUACAGAUUUGCUCAUACUUAAAAAUACAAAAAGUGCGCUUGAGUCCCGAAAUUCGGUAUAUCAUUCAGCAGUCACGUUUGCAAAUGCAUUUAUGCACGCCGGAACAACAAGCGACGAGUUUCUUCGACAGAAUUUGGAGUGGCUCUCACGUGCUACAAAUUGGUCCAAAUUUAGUGCAACAGCUGCCUUGGGUGUAAUACACAAGGGGCACCUUUCUCAAGGUCUUUCUUUACUACAUCCUUAUUUGCCCCAAGACGGAGUAAGUGGAAGUUCCUAUUCGGAAGGUGGUUCUUUGUUUGCUCUAGGACUUAUUCACGCAAAUCAUGGUGCUGGUGUACUUGAUUAUUUGAGAAAUGCUUUAAAAAAUACCCCAACCGAAGUUCUCCAACAUGGAGCGUGUUUAGGGCUUGCAGCCGCAGGAAUGGCAACGGGCGAUAAUGGCAUUUAUGAGGAACUUAAGGUGAUUCUUUUUAGCGAUAGUGCUGUUGCAGGGGAAGCUGCUGGUUUGGCUAUGGGACUUGUUAUGCUUGGAACCGCUUCGAAAAAGGCGAUCGAUGAAAUGUUGCAGUACGCUCAUGAUACUCAACACGAAAAGAUUAUUAGAGGUUUGGCAAUUGGAAUUUCGCUUAUCAUGUAUGGUAAAGAAGAAGCUGCUGAUGUUUUGGUUGAGCUACUUACUCUAGAUAAAGAUCCAAUUUUACGAUAUGGUGGUAUCUAUACGGUUGCAAUGGCUUACUGCGGCACUGGAAAUAACAAAGCCAUUCGGCGAUUGUUACAUGUUGCUGUAAGUGAUGUCAAUGAUGACGUGCGUCGUGCUGCUGUCACAGCACUUGGAUUCAUUCUAUUUAGAACUCCCAAACAAGUUCCCCGAAUUGUUCAAUUAUUAUCUGAGAGUUAUAACCCUAAUGUAAGAUAUGGUGCCACAUUAGCUUUGGGAAUUUCAUGCGCUGGAACUGGUUUAAUGGAAGCAAUUGAACUCUUGGAGCCAAUGACAAAGGAUCCUGUUGAUUAUGUUCGGCAGGGUGCCUUCAUCUCUUUAGCUAUGAUUUUAAUACAACAAAAUGAUUCUAUCAAUCCUAAGGUAUCACCGACCCGUAAAUUAUAUGAAAAAAUCAUAAAUGAUAAACAUGAAGAUGCAAUGGCAAAAUUUGGAGCGGUUCUUGGCCAAGGCAUUAUUGAUGCAGGUGGUCGUAAUGUAACGAUUUCUCUGCAAUCAAAAUCCGGUCAUUUAAAUAUGCCAGCUAUUGUAGGAACGGCUGUAUUCACACAAUUUUGGUAUUGGUUUCCAUUAACCCAUUUCUUAAGUUUAGCCUUUACUCCUACAGCUAUCAUUGGUUUAAAUAAAGAUUUAAAGAUUCCAAAGUUUGAAUUUAAAUCCAAUGCGAAACCAUCGCUUUUUGCAUAUCCUGCUACUACAAAACCACCAACUACUAGUGUCGUAGAAAAGGUAGCGACUGCCGUACUUUCAACGACUGCGAAAGCGAAGGCAAGGGCCAAAAAAUCCGAAAAGGAUAAAGGAAUAGAUGUGGAUGCAAUGGAUAUGGAUGAAAAAAGGGAAAUUGCAGAAAAUAUCAAAAAGGAGGAAGAAAAGGAGGAUAAGAAAGGCAAAAAGAAAAAAGAAGAAUCAUUCGAGAUCCUUGAAAACAUGGCACGGGUUUUGCCAGAACAGUUGCAAUACAUUACAUUUAAAGACAAAUCACGCUACGUUCCUGUGAAACAAGGUAUUGUUGGCGGGAUUUUAAUGAUGAUAGAUAAUUCACCUGACGAACCAGAAGAACUAAUUUUACCAAGCGCACCUGUUGCAACCGAAGUUUCUGAAGAAGAAGAAGCUUCGCCUCCAGAACCAUUCGAAUACCCAUUUGAUGAAUAA